ACAUGAAGUCAGAAACAGAAAGAGGAAGAGGAGUGAAGAAAACAAGGAAAUAAGAAGAGAAUAAGAAAAGAGAGAGAGAGAGAGAGGGAGGAGUUUGUUAUUCAUGUCAAACAUAACAGGAGACGGUGAGAGCUUCUCUUCUGGGAUCAACACAGGAGAAGAUGAUGAAGUCCAUCAGCACCAUGAACAACAGCAGCUCCAUCACCAUCUUUUCGACGGCCCGGAGGCUGCCGGAGCUAACAGUGAUGUCUCCACUUCACGGCUGCCACCACCGCCGGCUGUCAAGAAGAAACGGAACCUCCCAGGAACUCCAGACCCGGCUGCGGAGGUGAUUGCUUUAUCACCAAAAACCCUAAUGGCAACCAACCGGUUUAUCUGCGAAAUUUGCCACAAGGGCUUCCAGAGGGACCAAAACCUCCAAUUGCAUCGUCGAGGCCACAACCUUCCAUGGAAGCUAAAGCAGAGAACAAGUACAGUGAUCCAAAAAAAGGUGUAUAUAUGCCCCGAACCCGCUUGUGUGCAUCACAACCCAAGUCGUGCCCUCGGUGAUCUCACUGGGAUCAAGAAGCACUACUGCCGAAAACACGGAGAAAAGAAGUGGAAGUGUGACAAAUGCUCCAAGAAGUAUGCGGUGCAAUCAGAUUGGAAGGCUCACUCCAGAAUCUGUGGAACUAGGGAGUACAAGUGUGACUGUGGCACCAUCUUCUCCAGGAGAGAUAGCUUCAUCACCCACAGAGCCUUCUGUGAUGCUUUGGCCCAAGACAACAGCAAGCUAAACCAACCACUCAUGGCCGCCAUGGCCUCAAGCUUACAAGGCCAGGCGCCAAAACUCAAGAUGGUUGUCGACACUGAUGCCACCUCCAUUGGACUCUCCGAAUUCAGGCUUGGCGACAUGAAGAGCCCACCAUUCUCCCAACAACCUCUUGACAUGGCCGAAACACCAAGGACCAUUCCCUCCUCGAGCCUUCAGUUCAGCGAGAGUGGCCCAAUGGGCUUCGAUGGGCACCGUGAUGUCAAUAUGGCUCGAAUGGUGGCUGGAGCAGCCCACAUGUCCGCGACCGCUCUUUUACAGAAAGCGGCCCAAAUGGGUGCAACUACCAGUGGGAACAACAUCAUGUACAGGGGCUUCACCUCUGUAAUGGCCGGGCCUGACCGGGUCUCUAGCACAAACCCUUAUGGCCCAAUGAAGGCCCAUGGGCCGUUUGAUCAUCUGACGCCCCCAGGCGAGCAGUCUCAGCUGGCUGGGAUCAAUAGAGGAGGGACUCCUAAUCGGUUUUACACAGGUGUGAUUGCGCCGGUGGCCGGAAUGUUGAUGAACGGUGAUGAUGGGUUCUCGAAGAAUGCGGAGCAUCGCGGCCGCGAGCCAGGUGAGGGGAAUGUGAUGACUGUGGACUUCCUGGGUGUUGGAGGAGAUAAGAGGAGCUUGGAUGAACAAAAACAAGCAAUGGCGUAUGGAAGCGUUGGUCGUCAGCAGAGGUUGGAGGGUCUGCAUCCAUUUCAGCAACAGACGGCCCAUGGUCCUGCAAUGGAGAAGCCCAUGUGGGAUGUUUGAUGUACUUUGAAUCUUAGAACUGAGAAAUCUUUCUCUGUGUAUAUUUGUUUUAGCAAGCUGGGCCAUGAGAGACAAAGGCUUUCUAUGGUGCAAGAGUAUGAAGCAUCGCCAUGGGUAGUUGGGAAAUGUUACCUCUUCCUGACUUAAUUGUUGCAAACUUUUAGUGGAAGGCAAUGGAACAUCACAAGGAA